AUGCCCAGAGCUAGGAAAGGUGCACUAAUACAGUGCGAUCCGUCUAUAAGAGCCCUGAUUUUGCAGAUGGACACUGACAGAAAUAACAUCAUUCUAGAGGAAUUAGACGAUACACACCUAUUGGUAGAUCCAGCGAAAGUUGAGUUCAUCAAAGCUGAGCUGAACAGAUUAAUGUCACAAAAUAUUUACGACGCGAUGGACGAAGAAGAAGAGCCUUGA